CACUGCGCCGGUGAGAUAAGUUUGAAAGUUGUAUCUGGUCAAUGUGUCGAUGGCAUGGAUAAUCGCGCUGUGAUUUGGUAUUCUGAUACGGCUCUAACAUAUGUACUAUGGAGAUAACAGACUAUACGCGAUCACUGGAUCAUCAAUUUGAAGAGAAACAGGUAAAGCCAUGUCUUCCCUCUCGCAUGGCUAAGCCGAUAUUCUUUGAGUGUGAUCCAAACACUUUAGCGUUACAAGCACUUGACUUCAUCUAAUAAUCUCUUUAGCGUUACAAGCACUUGACUUCAUCUAAUAAUCUCUUUAGCGUUACAAGCACUUGACUUCAUCUAAUAAUCUCUUUAGCGUUACAAGUGCUUGUCUUCAUCUAAUAAUCUCUUUAGCGUUAUAAGCACUUGACUUCAUCUAAUAAUCUCUUUAGCGUUACAAGCACUUGACUUCAUCUAAUAAUCUCUUUAGCAUUACAAGUGCUUGUCUUCAUCUAAUAAUCUCUUUAGCGUUAUAAGCACUUGACUUCAUCUAAUAAUCUCUUUAGCGUUACAAGCACUUGACUUCAUCUAAUAAUCUCUUUAGCGUUACAAGCACUUGACUUCAUCUAAUAUUCUCUUUAGCGUUACACGCGCUUGACUUCAUCUAACAAACACAUUUUCAUGCAACAGAUUUUUCAUCAGACAAUAGAUAUUUAUCCAACAACAGCAAUCAACUUUUCUUACAACCCUCGGCCUCCCUUCAAAACAUUGAAUUGUCUUCAAACUUGUCAUUUUUGUCAUAGUCUGUAUGUCAAAGUCAAGUUUGGCAAACCGAUCACAGAUAGAAACGGAGCAGGGACAAAGAGAUAGACAUGGAUCAGUGACAGAUAGACAUGGAUCAGUGACAGAUAGACAUGGAUCAGCGACAGAUAGACAUGGAUCAAUGACAGAUAGACAUGGAUCAGUGAUAAAGAGAUAGACAUGGAUCAGUGACAAACAGAUAGACAUGGAUCACUGAUAAUCAGAUAGACAUUUAUCAAUGAUAAUAAAGACCAUUCAAGACUUGCGUAGUAAUUUGUCAUUUGUAUAACUAAUUAAGGGUUGAUUUCAACGGCAUUUUGUCAUGUCAUUUGAACCAUGUUUGACUUGAAGCCUUCUGGUUUUGUCUUAACGGUCAAAAUCAAUAUUACAGUACUGUAAGGAGUAUCACUACAGUACUGUAAAGAGUAUCACUACAGUACUGUAAGGAGUAUCACUACAGUACUGUAAUGAGUAACUCACAAUACUGUAAGGAGUAAUACUACAAUAUUGUAAGGAGUAACAUUAUAAUACUGUAAGGAGUAACACUAAAAUAUUGUAAGGAGUAACAUUAUAAUACUGUAAGGAGUAACACUAAAAUAUUGUAAGGAGUAACACUAAAAUACUGUAAGGAGUAACACUACAAUACUGUAAGGAGUAGCACUACAAUAAUAUAAGGAGUAACACUUUUGGAGCUGCAUUUUCGUCUUACGGCGUGCCUGGCUUUUGUUUGAUGCCUCUUCUGUUUGUUAUUGUUUUUUUCUUUUGGUUUCCGUGUGUGAGGGGGCUUUACAUGCAAGAAGCGCCCAGGGCGUCUCAAACUGUAGCUAGCUCACUGUCAAGAAGCGCUCAGGGCGUCUCAAACUGUAGCUAGCUCACUAUAUAUUUACAUUUUCAGAGAUGUUCUGAGCUUUCUUGCAAAGGUCCAAGAGAAGACAAGCAUUUCCCCCAAGCAGAGCGAAACAAUGCGAACAUUGCUCAGCGCUGGUUUCCUGGGGAUCGUCGCCUUGGCCAUGGCUGUGAAGUGGUUCACCGAUUCCAAACUGGCCGACCAGUUUAUCAAGACGCCGAAAGAAUCGUAUGAUUACAUCAUAGGUACGAUCUGCACGGUCGGGUAGGUUAAGAUAUAGAAUCGUCUUUGAUAACGGGACAGUGCCACAGCUGGAAUGUCAGUGGGUGAAAGGUGCCAUUGCCUGUUAGAAGGAGCCAUAUGUGGGUACAAGAGGUGUGACAGAAGUUACAUAAAGUAAUAUUGGGAGCAGGACAAGGUCCGUACAGGGUUUCUUUGAGCUAUAUCUCGGGGGGGGGGGGGGGCAGGGCUUGGGGAAAGCCAAGUGCUCCCCGGAGCAAAAAUAUGUCCAACAAUAAAUCAAAUGGAACUGCUGGCGCUGCCCCCCCCCCCGAAAAAUCUGAAGAGCCCCCCCCACCCCCGAAAAUCUGAAGGGCUCCCCCCGGGGGGAAAUUUCUGAAAGAAACACUGGGUCCGUACCUUGCAUGUCUGUGAGAGUGACUAAGCUUUACUAAAAAAAUGCUCCCCUCCUAGAAAAGAAGACUCAAAUAUUUUCAAAUGCUUCAAUAAUAUAAAAAAAAAAUAAAAUAUAUAUAUAUAUAUAUAUAAUUGUACAAUAUCGUAUAGGCAUCAAACCCUUUGUUAAUCGUUUUGUUCAUGACUGUGAAAAAUAGUUUGUUUUUAAAUACUAAAUCCAAAUAUCCAUUAUAAUCCAGUGCAUCAAAACAUCCAAACGACAAAAUAUGCGCAUUGUGGAAAAUAGAUUUUUUCCGUCUGUUUCUAUGUGUACCAAAGAAUGAGAACCACUGCUUAACUCAAUCAGUGAACUCUACAUAUUUCUGUUGCAGUUGGGGCCGGGUCAGCUGGUGCCGUGGUAGCCAAUCGGCUUUCAGAAAAUCCUGACGUCACAGUACUGCUGGUCGAGGCAGGAGGAGAUGAUCGGGGAAUUCCAGAAAUUUCCACACCGGCCUUCACCUUGGGUUUUCACGGAAACCCGAACAUAGUCACUAAGUAUCUCACAGGUGAAUAUAGUAAUUAAAUAUCUCACAGGUGAAUAUAGUAACUAAAUAGCUCACAGGUGAGUAUAGUAACUAAAGUUUUGUACUUCCCAAUGAAGUGAAAACUGGUGAGACUGUCAUAUACAAUAAGCUAAUGUUUAAACUGGGCUCAUGUCUCAUGGUCCAAUGACAUAGAGUAAUGGUAAUAGCAACACACGUAUUUGAUAUUUGACAUUGGACAGAGUCGAAAGAGAGAAAGAAUGUAGAGUCGCAAGGAUUUCGGAUUUUAUUUUAGCUUGGUGAGUUUUGAAUAUGUGUCUGCAAAAUUGUAUUUUUAUUGAGUUGGCAACCAAGGGUGUCACCCCGUUCCCUGUGAGGGUCUCAUCCGGUGCGGCCCGCGCCCCCUCACCCUCCUUGUGACGCCUCUGCCCAUAAGCGAGCAUAGCGUGCGUGAAAUUCCUACCCUAUAUCUCUAUCUGAUAAAAUAAAAUACUUUAUUUAAUCAGUUUAAGUUUUGUCACAAAGUCAUCUGCUUUGAAAAGGCACCCAGCAACCAGGUAUUCAUAUGUUUUUUUAUAUGUUAGUAUUAGUUAAAACUAACCAGUCCUUCUAUUUCCCGGCUUUUAGAACCAGCCAAAGGAAAGUACCAAGGCCUUAAGGAUGGUCAAAGCUUAUGGCCCCGAGGGCGUGUCCUUGGUGGUACAAGCAGCCUCAACUACAUGAUGUACGUACGAGGGUCUCGGCACGACUACGACCGAUGGGCGCACCACACCGGUGACGAGAGGUGGACGUACGAAAACGUCUUGCCAUAUUUCACAAAAUCGGAAAAAAUGAACGACCCAGGUUUGAGCGAGUCUGAGUAUCAUGGGGAUCGGGGCCCUCUUGUGGUUUCACAGAAGGAACCGGAAUAUUUCAUGUCCAACAAGGUUAUACAAGGUUUCCAAGAAAUGGGGAUUCCCUUUAAAAAAGAUUACAACGGGAAAUCCCAAGUAGGCAUCGCCCUGGCGCAGCUCACAAUUGACAACGGCAUGAGAUCGAGCACGGCGACUGCAUUUAUUCACCCAGCUCUACAGCGAGUGAAUUUGGACGUUCUGUUAAACGGGUUCGUCCAGAGAGUUCUAAUCAAAGACGAGAAAGCGGUUGGCGUGGAGGUUAUCGUUAACGGGAGGAAACUCUUGGUCAAAUCAAAGAAAGAAAUCGUGUUAUCUGCCGGUGCCGUCCAGUCCCCUCAGAUUCUGAUGCUUUCGGGCGUGGGGCCGAGACAACACCUGGAAGAUCUAGGAAUACAGUUGGUCGCCGACCUGCCCGUCGGUCAAAACCUCCAGGACCAUCUUUUCUUUAACUACCUCUUCGGCCACAAUGCAUCGGACGCGCAAGGACCGGAGGACUUGAAUUCGUUAUGGUCAAUGCUUGAAUACACCUUGUUCGGAACUGGGCGCUGGGCGACCUUCGGGGUGGAGCUCAACUUUUUCUCGUCCGUCACGGCGGCGAUGAAGACGAUGGACUGGCCAGAUCUUCAACUGCUUUUCGGGUCAGGAUGUUCCAAUUCCAAAUUCAUGUUACUGAUAAACAUGGACGAGAAGGUUGCCGAUGAACUUGACGCUGGCAGGGCAAACCUCAGUAGCUGUUGGUCGUGUGCCCCGAUUUUAAUUCGCCCUCUGAGCCGAGGGGUUCUCAAACUGAAGAGCUCCGACCCCUUUGACGCGCCGUUGAUUUAUCCCAAUUAUUACGACAAACAAGAAGAUAUCGAUAUCAUCCGUAGAGGUAUCGAUACGUGCAGAAAACUGUCCCGAACUAAAACGAUGGCUGAUAUCGGAACGCACGAAGUGGAUAAGAAGUUCAGCUUGUGUGAUCAGCACGAAUACGAUUCCAAAGAUUAUUGGACGUGCGUCAUCAGAUCCAGACCUCUGACGGUGUACCACCCCGUGGGGACGUGUAAGAUGGGGUCAGCCGAUGACGUCACGGCCGUGGUCGACCCCGAGCUCAGGGUCAAGGGACUGACAGGCCUGCGUGUCGCCGAUGCUUCGGUCAUGCCGUACAUUGUGUCCGGCAACACCAACGCCGCGACCGUAAUGAUAGGAGAGGUGGCGGCUGACCUCAUCCAGGGGAAACAAUCCGAUCCGGUACAAGGGGCGUAAUGUGCCACAUUUUUAAUAAUAACAUUUUCUUAUUUUCAUCAG